AAUAAUUUUCUGAAUUUAAUGUCUGUUACUAUGUUUUUCUCAAUAUGUGUCUCUUUCAUGUUUCACUGGCAUGAGGUUUGGAUCCCAUUAGAAUGCUCACAGCACUGUUCCCUCCAAGGAUUCAAGCAAUGAAUGCACUCCUCAUAAGGAACCCAACUUCUUGUCUUAAAAACCAAAUCUUUAGGCCUUUCUCUUCCCACAAAUUGGUACCCAGAAGAGCAAACAAAGGGUUAACUAAUGCACUAAGAGUCCUUAACCUUGUAUCCCCCAAAAAAAGUGGUACUGAUAUUGAGAAUCGUCGAAGUCAUCUUAGGCUCAUUGAGGACAUUUUGGAAAACAAUGCAACCAACCCUCUUGGUGGCAAUUCAGCUACUUUGAGGACUACAACUGAAAUUACUAUUCAGUCCUCUGUUCUUCAGAUGGAACAAGGGUUGGGAGUUGAUGUGUGCUUCUUGUCUCAUGUUGUGAGUUCAUGUGGGUCCAACCGAGACCUUUGGGGAGGUAUUCAAUAUCACUGCUUAGCAAUAACAACUGGGUUCACUGCCAAUGUUUAUGUUGGAAGUUCUUUGAUUAGCUUGUACAGUAGGUGUGCCUUGUUGGGUGAUGCGUACCGAGUGUUUGGUGAAAUGCGUGAGAGAAAUGUAGUUUCAUGGACGGCAAUUAUUGCUGGGUUUGCGCAAGAGUGGCGUGUUGAUAUAUGUUUGGAGCUCUUCCAUCAGAUGAGGGGUUCAACAUUGAAACCAAAUAAUUUUACAUACACAAGUCUUCUGAGUGCUUGUAUGGGCAGUGGAGCACUUGGGCAUGGGAGAGGUGCUCAUUGUCAAAUAAUUCAAAUGGGAUUUCAUUCAUACCUCCACAUUGAUAAUGCUCUCAUUGCUAUGUAUUCCAAAUGCGGGGUAAUUGAUGAUGCCCUGUACAUAUUUGAAAAUAUGGUGGGCAGGGAUGUUGUAACAUGGAACUCCAUGAUUUCUGGGUUUGCGCAGCAUGGGCUUGCACGAGAGGCAAUUAAUCUCUUUGAAGAGAUGAUAAGGCAAAGUGUUAAUCCCGAUGCUGUUACUUACCUUAGUGUCUUGUCCUCAUGUCGGCAUGGAGGUCUUGUCAAAGAAGGUCAAGUUUACUUCAAUUCCAUGGUUGAGCAUGGUGUGCAGCCAGGACUAGACCAUUAUUCUUGCAUUGUAGAUCUUCUUGGUCGGGCUGGUUUGCUUCUGGAGGCUCGUGAUUUCAUCCAAAAUAUACCUGUUCAUCCUAACGCUGUAAUAUGGGGUUCACUACUCUCUUCCUCUAGGCUUCAUGGAAGUGUUUGGAUUGGCAUCCAGGCUGCAGAGAGUAGGUUAUUGUUGGAACCAGGGUGCUCUGCAACACUUCAACAGCUGGCGAAUCUGUAUGCAAGUGUAGGUUGGUGGAAUCAGGUAGCACGAGUGCGAAAAUUAAUGAAAGACAAAGGUCUAAAACCGAAUCCUGGUUGUAGUUGGAUUGAAAUCAAAAGCAAAGUCCAUAGAUUUGAGGCACAAGAUAAGUCACACAGCAAAAUGCCUGACAUUCUUUUGAUAAUGGAUAAUCUGAUAGACCACAUGAGUAGUUUAAGCCUUCAGUCUCAGAUGUCUGAGGAAUGCUAACUCCAAUGCUGGGGCUUUCUAGCAUUUCCAGCAUUGACUUGCAGGUUUGGCAUGGGCAGAAGCAGAGGACAGUCAUUAUCUGGUUGGUGAAAUGUUCAUAGAUGACAGGACAUUCAAGGUGCAAUGCAACCAAUAUGGACCGUUUGACAUUCCAUAUUUGUUCAGGAACUGCAAGACAAUGUCAAAUUUGUUUCUACUGUAUUCAAAACAUGCCUGCUUGGAAAGAGAAAGUGUACCCCUUAAGUAAGGUAGGUGCCAUGGUAUUAAUGGUUGGAGCACAAUGGCAAUGAUUUGGGAGUAAAUCUUGGUGUGAUCAAGCCAUCCCUAUUUACUGAGUAAGAAAUCUUGAGAUGGAUGAAAGGACUUUUAAAUAGCUUGAAGAAAUCCUGACCAUGAUUAAUUUAUACGGGAGAGUGGAGACAACUAAAAUUUGUCAUAAUAAUAAUAAUAAUCUUUUUUCUUUGUUAUCUCUUCUUAUUUUUUAUUUUUUAUUUUGUUAGUUUGAAGGGCAGGAGCCCACAAACCUUUUAUUGAUAAUUCAAUGAAUUAUCAUUAU